AUGUCUCGCCACAAGAACGUCAAGAAUCUUGACCUUGAUGAUGAAUUGGAUGAUUUUGACGGUGGAGAGGAUUACGGUUACGAUGGAGAAGCUGGAGAAGAACUGAGCGAAGAAGAUCAAGAACAUAUGCGGCAAGGAACGAUCAAAGUUCGAGAAGCUCUACCGCCCGGUUUAAGCAAUGUUACGGAGAAGCAAAUACAGGAAAGCUUGUGGCAUUACUAUUACGAUGUAGGAAAAACGGCCACAUACUUGAUCAGCACAUAUACUCCCAAAGUGCCCAAGAAGAUUGCAGCAAAUAAAAGUUCUGAGUGCUACGAUGAAGCUUUAUUCUUCCGAACAUGUACCUCUAGCUUAUCUACCAAAAGCUUCUUUGCCGAUACCCCAUGGCUCGAUAUACCUUUAGAACGUCGUGCGAUUCUUACACCUCCAGCGCGUUAUCCAGGUGGGCUCUUGGGUGGUUCUUCGGAGGGUGCCCCAAAAAUGUCGAAGUUACAGGCUCUAGCGGCUGCACGGAAGAAGAAGGCACAAGACCAGCAGAGCUCGGCCUCAGAGGUGGAAAAACCUAUGGCCAGUCUCUCUCUGAACCAAACUGGGGGUGAGAGCACAACGGAACUUCACGAGAGCAAGCCUAUCAACAAUAGCGGCUCUUCAUCCAAAGAUUCGAAACACGGGGGGUUUCCACACCGGAAACGCAAAGAUGCCAAUCCUCACGAGAAGGUGCUUAAACCGCAGCCUACCCCCAGGGAUUAUCAGACAGAAGUUGAACCUGUAGUUGAUUCUUCUCCCGUCUAUCAGGCUAGCCCAUCUGCUUUCGCUAGUACCAUGUUUCGAACUGCAAGCGCAACCCCGAGACGCCAGCUAGAGAACAAAUUUUCUAUGCCGUACAGUUCAGAUAUCUUGACCGCGCCAGCUAACCCCUUUGCAGGGCCUAGUCCAGACGACGUUGUCAUAGCAGCGCAGGCGAAAGCCAGUGGUAAAGGAGGUAAAGGAUCAUCUAAAGCCGUUGGGGACAAAAAGGAGGGCUCCAAUGGUGUUGAUGCGACGAAGGUUGAAGAUGUGCCAAGAGCAAAGAGCAAAAAUUUAGACGUUCUAGCAGAAUUCAAGAAAACCAGAAGUAAAAAUGCUGCGAACUUUGUAGUUAUAGGUCAUGUUGAUGCCGGAAAAAGCACUUUAAUGGGCCGUCUGCUUUACGACCUGAAAGUAGUAGAUCAGAGAACCAUAGACCGGUAUCGCAAAGAGGCAGAAAAAAUGGGAAAGUCAUCCUUCGCUCUUGCUUGGGUUCUGGACCAAGGAACAGAAGAACGAAGUCGGGGUGUAACGAUUGAUAUUGCCAUGAACAAGUUCGAAACCGAAAAGACAGUAUUCACCAUUCUUGAUGCUCCUGGUCACCGCGAUUUUAUCCCAAACAUGAUUGCUGGAGCGAGUCAGGCAGACUUUGCUGUCUUGGUAAUUGAUGCUAGUACUGGAUCUUUCGAAUCGGGAUUAAAAGGCCAGACAAAAGAGCACGCAUUGUUAGUCCGAAGUAUGGGUGUUCAACGUAUCAUUAUAGUAGUCAACAAACUUGAUACCGUCGGCUGGUCACAAGAACGUUUUGAUGAGAUCUCACAACAAGUUUCUGCAUUCCUUAUGGCAGCUGGGUUUCAGGAUAAGAACAUUAAAUUUAUACCGUGCUCUGGCCUUCAAGGUGAUUACAUUGCCAGAAGAUCGACGGAACAAGCGGCGGCAUGGUAUACAGGGCCAACACUUGUAGAAGAACUUGAUCAUUCUGAGCCCGUGGCCAGAGCAUUAAACAAGCCUCUUCGCUUGACAAUUGGCGAUAUAUUCCGCGGCGGUGUGCAACAUCCAUUAAGCAUCUCAGGACGUAUCGAAGCCGGAUCUCUCCAAGUAGGCGAUUCCCUCCUGGCACAGCCUAGCAAUGAAAAGUGUUUCAUCAAAGGCCUCGAGGUCGACUCCGAAGCGGUAGAUUGGGCUGUCGCGGGCCAAAAUACCACGCUACAUCUCAGCGAUAUCGACCCGAUCCAUCUCAAGAUCGGUGAUGUCCUCUGCGCACCCGGUAACCCUAUAAGUAAUAUCAAAUCUUUCACAGCAAAAGUAUUGGCAUUUGAAUUCUUGACGCCGAUGCAGGUGGAUGUUCAUAGAGGUAGAUUACAUACGGCGGGCAAAAUUACGGAGAUUGUGGCAGUGUUGGAUAAGGGGACGGGUCAGGUGAUGGGUAGGAAGAGACCGAGGAUUGUUAAGCCGGCGCAGGUGGCGAGGGUGGUGGUCGAGUUGGAGAUGGCGGUGCCGUUGGAGGCGCCGGCGAGAGUUAUUCUGAGAAGUGAUGGGGUGACGGUUGCGGCGGGUUUGCUGGAGUAG